AAGAGAAAAGAGAACCUUGAAGACAACAUGUACCUUGAAUUAUUUAUCUUGUCUAAGUUACCCAGGAAUUUGUGGCUAAAAUCAGUUUACCACAGUUAAGCAAUGGAGUGUCUGAUUAAUUGGUAUUCUUACCUUGAAUGUAAAUUAGUCAUAAAACUAACAAUGCAUGUGUUUAUUUUUUAAGGAAGUUGUUCCCAGUAGCAAUGAGCAGAAGCACAUUCAAGGGGAAGAUGUGCCCUCCGAACGUGAUCUGAAAUAUAUUCUAAGAGAGAAAAUUUUCUACCACCCAUAUCUGGAACAACUUCACAGAGCAAAUGAGGAAUACCAUGCCCAACUGAGAGAGCCUAUGAGAGUAGUGAAUCAGGAACCGGCCUACUUCUACCUUGAGCCUUUCCAACAAUUCAAUCAGCUUGAUGCCCAUCCCUAUGCUGCCUGGUAUUAUUAUCCUCCACAAGUCACACAAUAUAUUGCUUCUCCAUCAUCCUCCGACAUCCCUAAACCCAUUGUCUCUGAGAACGGUGGAAAAACAAUUAUGCCACAGUGGUGAAGAAUCAAGUGAAUUCUCAGGAGCUCCACAAUUAUGGUCUUUGAUGGGACUGAAAAUUCCAUGCUCUAAAUUUCUUUCAUCUAUCAUGUAAAACCAUUCUAUCCAAAGGCUUUGACUGCUAUUUUAGAAUAAGACAGUCCCAAAUUGAAGGCGUUCUCUUCUUGAGUUCUCUACUGUAUAUUAGAUAGCAUAUCAUCCUUAAGUGAAAUUGUCCUAACAGUUUAUUGUCUAAAUUCCAGCUGUAUCAUGCCAGUAUGAAAGCCACUGAGUCAGAGGGAAUUAAAGUCUUUACUAAAUUUCUGUAUGGAAAAUUUGUUUAAAAAGCCUUUGAAUCACUUCUCCUGUAAGUGCCAUCAUUUCAAAUAAUUGUGUGCAGUGACUGAGAUUUUUUCUUUCUUCUUUUCAAUAAAUUACAU